UUCUUUUUAUUUUUAUUUCGACCUGAACAGAAGCACAGCGCAAUGAUAAAACUGAGAGCGGCGACUUUUCUUAUUUGCCUAGUUUUUCUUUUUGAUACUGGCUGCACGGACGACUGCCUGAGUAAUGAUAUUCACGCAUUAAUUUUGGCAAGGGGCGGGAGCAAAGGCAUCAAGUUGAAAAACCUGGCUGAAGCUGGUGGCUCAUCUCUUUUGGCCCGCACAAUUAUGACCAUCAAAAAUUCGACUUGCUUUCAACAUAUCUGGGUUUCCACAGACGACAAGAGAAUCGCCAUCGAAGCGCAAAAGUAUGGAGCCACAGUACAUCGUCGUCCUGAGAAAUUCGCCAGAGACGAUACCCCCUCACUCCACGCCAUUUCAGAGUUUCUGGAUGUUCAUAGGAGUAUUCAAGACUUCGCCCUGUUUCAAUGCACCUCCGUGUUCCUGAAAACCAAGUACAUUCAAGAGGCAGUUCGGAAAUUCGAGUCACAUGACUGCGUUUUUGCCGCCAAGAGAUCACAUUACUUGCGUUGGAAAGUAGUCGAUGGGGAAUUGAUGCCAGCGGAAUUUAACUUAAGUGCCAGGCCAAGACGCCAGGAUUGGCAGGGCGAUAUUGUGGAAACAGGAAUGUUUUACUUCUCGAGGAGGAAGCUGGUGGACAGUGGGUUACUGCAAAAUAGUAGGUGCUCCAUUGUGGAAAUCGCUGCCAAAGACAGCUUGGAAAUUGACUCGAGCUACGAUCUGACUCUAGCCAAGUACAUUUUAAGUAGUGAAACGAAGUCGGAACUAUAAAUAUAGAUAUAUGAGAUAUU